AUGCGCUUGGACGUCAAGAGACAACUCUUUGCCCGCUCGGAGCGGGUAAAGGGCAUUGAUUUCCACCCUACGGAGCCAUGGAUCCUGACGACAUUAUACAGCGGUCACGUAUACAUCUGGUCCUACGAGACUCAAUCCAUUGUUAAAACCUUCGAACUCACCGAUGUCCCCGUACGAGCUGGACGCUUCAUUGCCCGCAAGAACUGGAUUGUUUGCGGUUCGGACGACUUCCAGCUUCGUGUUUACAACUACAAUACGUCCGAGAAGAUCACGUCUUUCGAGGCCCAUCCCGACUACAUUCGAUCUAUCGUCGUCCACCCCACUCAACCUUUCGUUUUGACCGCAUCCGAUGACAUGACAAUCAAGCUUUGGGAUUGGGAGAGAGGCUGGAAGUGCGUUCAGGUCUUUGAGGGCCACAGCCAUUAUGUGAUGGGCUUGUCCAUCAACCCAAAGGACACCAAUACAUUCGCCUCUGCAUGUCUGGAUCGGACGGUGAAGAUCUGGAGCCUUGGCUCGCCUCAUGCCAACUUCACCCUCGAGGCCCACGAGACUAAGGGUGUGAACCAUGUCGACUACUACCCGCAGGCUGACAAGCCCUACCUUCUCACUACAUCGGACGAUAAGACUGUCAAGGUCUGGGACUACACAACGAAGGCGCUAAUUGCGACUCUCGAAGGUCACACGAGUAACGUCUCUUUCGCCUGCUACCACCCCGAACUUCCUGUGAUCAUCUCCGGUUCCGAAGAUGGAACAAUCAAGAUCUGGCAUGCCAACACAUACCGACUGGAGCAGUCGCUGAGUUAUGGGCUAGAACGAGCUUGGUGUGUCUCAUACCAGCGUGGUAGGCAGGGUGUCGCCAUGGGUUUUGAUGAUGGUGCUGUGGUUGUUAAGAUGGGCAGAGAAGAGCCAGCCGUUUCAAUGGACAGUUCUGGAAAGGUCAUCUGGGCCAAGCACAAUGAAGUGGUAUCGACUGUUAUCAAGGGUGGUGAUCCCACUGUCAAGGACGGCUCACCCCUCUCUCUGUCCACGAAAGAUCUGGGAUCUUGUGAGGUCUACCCGCAGACAUUGUCGCACUCCCCGAACGGGCGGUUUGUGUCUGUCUGUGGUGACGGAGAGUAUAUCAUCUACACAGCGCUUGCCUGGAGAAACAAGGCCUUCGGGCAAGCCCUCGAUUUCGCGUGGGGGUCAAAGGACAACAGCAAUGACUAUGCCAUCCGCGAAUCUCCAACCAGUGUAAAGAUAUUUAGAAACUUCAAGGAAGUGAGUGGUGGCCUUGAUGUUGGUUUCCAGGCGGAGGGUCUCUCAGACGGUGUUCUCCUUGGCGUGAAGGGCCAGGGAGGCAUUGGUCUGUUCGACUGGGAGACUGGAAACCUGGUCCGUCGCAUUGAAGUCGAACCAAAGGGCGUCUACUGGUCUGAAUCCGGAGAAUUGGUGGCUCUUGCCUGCGAGGAUAGCUUUUACGUUCUCAGAUUCUCAAGAGAAAACUACGUCAACGCAUUAAACGAAGGCGAAGUGGAUGAGGAUGGUGUUGAAUCUGCAUUCGAGGUUGUCACCGACAUCAAUGACUCUGUUCAAACAGGUCAAUGGGUUGGAGAUUGCUUCAUAUACACAAACACAACAAAUCGCCUGAACUACCUGGUCGGUGACCAGACAUACACGAUUUCCCACUUCGACCAAGCCAUGUACCUUCUGGGCUAUCUACCUCGUGAUGGUAGAAUCUACCUUGCCGACAAGGACGUUAACGCCGUGUCCUUCGGCUUGUCGCUUGGCAUGGUUGAAUACCAGACCUUGGUGCUGCGCGGAGAUAUGGACCAGGCAGCGGAGCUGCUCACGGACAUCCCCCAGGACCAGAUGAAUAAGGUAGCCCGCUUCCUCGAAGGCCAAGGCUACAAGGAGAUGGCACUCGAAGUCGCCACGGACUCGGAGCACCGCUUCGACCUCGCUCUCUCGCUUAGCGACCUCGAAACCGCCCUCGAGAUCGCUCGCGAAUCUAACGUCGAGCACAAAUGGAAGACAGUCGGCGACACUGCGUUGGCAAGCUGGAACCUCUCCCUUGCCCAGGAGUGCUUCACCAACGCCAAAGACCUCGGCUCCCUCCUCCUCCUGCACACCGCCAGCGGUAACCGCGAAGGCCUCAAGGCACUCGCCCAGCAAGCCUCCAAAGCUGGCCUGCACAACGUCGCCUUCUCUACGCUCUGGACCCUCGGUGACGUCGACGGCAGCAUUGACCUCCUCGUACAGACAGGCCGCCUCGCGGAAUCAGUCCUCUUCGCUCAGACCUACAAGCCUUCGCGUGCACCCAAGCUCGUGACUCAGUGGAAGGAAUCCCUCGAGCAGAGCGGGAAGUCUAAGAUUUCGCGCCUGGUCGGUAUUCCACCUGGUGCACCCGAGGGAGUCGCUACAGAUGACGACCUCUUCCCUGAGUGGGAUGAAUAUAUCCGCAUCGAGAAGGAAGGAGGUGCCCCUGCCCCUGCUACUGAGCCGCCGUCGUCAGAAUCGCUUAUCGACGUUGAGACGGAUGAAGGGGGUAAUGCGGAGAGUGCGAUGAAUGGAGCUGCUGAAACUAAAGCUGAGGCUGAAGCUGAGGAGGUAUAG